GGAGAGAACUGUGAACAUUGUAAAAGAAAAAGAGAUACAAGAAGUGAUCAGACUACAAAGCUGGAAACCUCUUGGUGUCUGUAGCACCUCCUCUGGUGACCUGCUCGUUACCAUGGAAAGUGAUGAUAAACAAUCAAAAGUUACCCGAUACUCUGGCUCAACAGAGAAUCAAUCCAUUCAGUUUGAUGAUCAAGGUAAACUUCUCUAUUCAUCUGAUGGUUCUGAUAAACACAUAUGUGAAAACAAGAACCUUGAUAUCUGUGUGGCUGAUUGUGGAGCUAAAGCGGUAGUGGUGGUCAAUCAGGUCGGGGAACUGAAAUUCAGAUAUGAUGGACACACACCUGGCCCACUUGAUAAAGUAUUCAAUCCAAAAGGAAUCAUCACAGAUAGUCAAAGUAAUAUCCUUACAGGGGAUUAUAAUAAUUGCUGUGUCCACAUCUUAGACAAAAAUGGAGAUUUCCUACGCUACAUUAAGUUUAAGUUUCGACCUUAUAGGAUGUGUAUCGAUUCAGAUGACAAUCUGUUUCUAGCAGUCGCAGAAUUAAAUUCUUCUUCUCCAAACACAGUGCAGAAAGUUGAAUUUUUACGAUGAAAUCAAUCAAGUUAUUUUCUUGAGACACAAGAGUCUAAAUGCAGAAGUAAC